AUGUCAGCAAACAGUGGUGUAAAACGAGCCAGCAAGGCUUUUAAAACCUGUUUAUUUUGUAAACGGUCACAUGUUGUGUGUGAUAAGCAAAGGCCAUGUUCUAGGUGUGUGAAGAGGGACAUUGCUCAUCUAUGCAGGGAAGAUGACAUUGCAGUUCCGAAUGAGAGGCCGUCACAGCAUGAAAGUUCUCCGGAGGAUAGUGAUAUUAUACCAGGAAAAUAUGCAAUUGGAGCACAUGGUGGAAAUUUGUUUGAUCAUCAGAAUAACUCUAAUGAUUCAGUUGGUAGUAGCGGCUCCAGAUAUGGAGUAAUGUCGUCGAAGUUAGACUCCUCCCUCGUAAAUGAUACAACCAGUUUGCUGCUUCCACAGCAACCUGUAUUUGUGUCCGAGAAUGUUGGUUCAGAAUUUAGUUCUUUAAAUGAAUUCCUUUCUAUGCUUGAAAAUCCUUUGUUGACUCAAACAUCAUUAAGCUCUAGCAGUACGAGUAACGUUCACUUGGAAAAUGGCUCACAAACUACACAAUCGCCGUUAGAAUACCAAAACGACAACCAUAGGAAUGCGAGCGAAAUAUCGGGACAAGAACGUGGAAUACCGCCUAUUAUAUCAGAUUCCUUUAACAAUGCCUCAAAAGGAGAUGAACAAGAUCAAGGAAAAGAAGAAUCUCAAAUUCUAGCCAAUGCAAACGAAAAUAGUGCACCGACACCGAAGGAGCAAUUUUUCCUAACUGCAGCAGAUCCGUCGACGGAGAUGACACCAGAAGAUCGGCUGAAAUUGGUCAUAAAUGCAAAGCUUGAGGCAGGAUUGUUGAAGCCAUACAAUUAUGCCAAGGGUUACGCCAGACUACAAGACUACAUGGACAAGUAUAUGAAUCAAUCAUCCAAGCAAAGGAUUCUGAAACCUCUAUCCACCAUCAGACCGGCGUUCAGAACCAUUGCGCGUUCAUUGAAGGAUGUUGACUUAGUUUUAGUGGAAGAAAGUUUUGAGAGAAUGCUAUUGUCGUACGAUCGUGUUUUCACCUCCAUGAGCAUGCCUGCGUGCUUGUGUAGGCGUACCGGUGAAAUUUACAGAGCCAACAAAGAGUUUGCUUCACUAGUCGAUUGCACGGUUGAUGAUUUACGCGAUGGGAAGCUUGCAAUCUACGAGUUGAUGACAGAGGAAAGCGCAGUGAAUUUCUGGGAAAAAUACGGGUCCAUAGCGUUUGAUAAGGGUCAGAAGGCUGUCUUAACAAGUUGUAGUCUUCGAACCAAGGAUGGAAUCCGCAAACGGCCAUGUUGUUUUAGUUUCACUAUCAGAAGGGAUAGGUACAACAUCCCAAUUUGCAUCGUCGGGAAUUUCAUUCCUUUGUCAUAG